AUGUGCAAAUGGAUACUGACAAAUGGUGCCUCAGCCUUUUCCCACCUGCCUUGCUGCGGGUGCUGCUGCCUCUUCCUGCUGCUCUUCUUGGUGUCUUCUGGGUCUGUCAUCUGCCAGGACAUGCGGUUCCCGGAGGCCACCAACGCGUCUUCUUCAUCCUCCUCCUCCUCUUCAUCCUUCUCCUCUCCUGCCAGUGCGGGGAGGCACGUGCGGAGCUACAAUCACCUCCAGGGAGAUGUGCGCUGGAGGAAGCUCUACUCUUACAACAAGUACUUUCUCAAGAUUGAGAAGAACGGCAAGGUCAGCGGGACCAAGAAGGAGAACUGCCCGUACAGCAUAUUGGAGAUAACAUCUGUGGAAAUUGGAGUUGUGGCUGUUAAAUCGAUUAACAGCAACUAUUAUUUAGCCAUGAACAAGAAAGGAAAAGUCUAUGGCUCUAAAGAGUUUAACAGCGAUUGUAAAUUGAAGGAAAGAAUAGAAGAAAAUGGAUACAACACAUACGCAUCCUUAAAUUGGAAGCACAAUGGAAGACAAAUGUUUGUGGCCUUGAAUGGAAGAGGAGCUACAAAGAGAGGACAGAAAACAAGGAGGAAAAACACCUCAGCCCACUUUCUUCCAAUGGUAGUAAUGUCAUAG